CUGGCCAUGGACAAGAUCAAGGGCUACUUCGGCCAGAACAUCGAGAAGGCGAUGCCGCUGGCUGGCGACGUUGGGUGCCAGGAGCCGAUCAACUAUGACCUCGUUGAGGAGAGGCUCAACGAGGAAGUUUGGGCAGGCCAGGUGUUAGUCACGGGCGGCGUCAACGUGCUCUGGGCCAAGCCGAGUGAGUCCCUGACGCCGACCGUUGCCAUCGACGCCCAUGCCGUCGAGAAUUUCACGCAGAACUUUUGGCCCCCCGGGCUGGUGCGCCCCUUGGCGGAGCCAAUCGACUUCUUGGCGGGCCCCGGCGGCGUUGUCGGGGGCAAGGUGACCCGCCUGGGCCCGGAGGAGCCGCAGCAGGCGUUGGUCCUCAAGGUCGCGGAGCGCAUCGAGGCUGGAGCCGACGAGGAAGAGAUGAAACGGUGGAAGGCUUGUUUGCUCAGCGCGACAGGGCGAGUCGCGCGGGCAGAGACUUGGGGCGAUCAGUGCUUCUGGGUGACGAACGCCCGCCGCAGGUUCAGGGGCGCGGCAGCGGCGAUCGCGCACUUGGCGUCGCAGAUC